ACCUCACUGUAGCGGGGCACGUUACUGCGCAAGUGCAUUCUUGCACGGGUAGUCUGACAGAACAGUGAAUAGGUUUGUUGCCUAGUGAAGAAUUUGAAAUCCAGUAAAAUAAGUAAUCCAAAUUAGAAAUACUUUAAGAUUGAAUACGUUUCGCCCAUGUUUUAUUUCUGUAAAUUGAGCGGACACUGAUAAAUUAAUCGCGAAACUGUUUGGGGAUAAAGGUGGGGAGAUGUCAUACCACUCGUCUUCUCGCAGCUCUUCUCGUAACACCGAUUGCAAGGUCUAUGUUGGCGACUUAGGCAACGGUGCUGCCAAGGGUGAGCUAGAGCGGGCGUUCAGUUACUAUGGCCCUUUACGCACGGUUUGGGUGGCCAGGAACCCCCCAGGUUUCGCAUUUGUGGAGUAUGAGGAUGCCCGUGAUGCAGAGGACGCAGUUAAAGGCAUGGAUGGAAAGGUGCUGUGCGGCUCUCGGAUCCGUGUGGAGCUGUCCACUGGCAUGUCACGGAAGACCAAACAUGGCCGCCCCAGCCGCCGCCACUUUGACCCUCAAGACCGCUGCUACCAGUGUGGGGACAGGGGCCACUAUGCCUACGACUGCUACCGUUUCAGCAAGAGGGGAGGAGGUCGUCGGAGCAGAUCACGCUCUCGCACCCGGUCUCGUUCCGUCUCCAGGUCACGUGGCAGCCGCUAUCGAUCCCGCUCCCGCAGCAAUGACCGCAGCAGGCACCGCUCCCCAUCUUAUCCCAAACGUAGGAAGAGGUCUGGUUCCCCUGUGCGGUCAAAGUCCAGGACCUCUGUUAGGAGUCGUUCCCGUUCUCGGUCAGGGUCCCGGGCCAGAGGGCGUUCUGCGUCUCGCUCUCGCUCCAGAUCCCGCUCUCCCAGCCAUAAGAGGAAUAGGUCCCUCUCCUAGAAUGACCAGGCCAGACCUUGAUUAGCUUCAGAGAGUCGCACACAGAGCUGAUGAGCCUAUACUCCGAGACAGAGGGGCUGUUUGGGUGACGGCUGGGGGGAGCGGGGCUCUUCUCUUUUCUCUUCUCCCUCAGAUCCAGCCUCAAUUUGAUUAGCUUCAGAGGGCGAGAGAACCUCAAAAACCCAAAAGAGAAAUCUGUCGUGAUCAGACUCCAGUGACCAAUCGCAUCAGGCCUUUUUUUAAAGAGAGAGUGUGGGGAGUCGACUGACUGCACAAGCACUUACCAGGGUCAUCCCUUGCGGUGUUAACGUCCUCCCGGAGGGUGACAAGGGCUGACAAGAAAUCAGCCUACACCACGCUGGUUAAAGAGGUCGUCCGACGCACGUUUUGACGAGACACAUCCAUCCUACGCGCGCACACACAGUUGUUCCACCCACCCCACUCCCUCCCAGAACCCACGCACCACAGACCUGAACGCUGAGCCGAGUUCAGUCGACCAGUUAAGGCCCCCUCCCUACAGAGCCCGGCCUCUUGCUUAGCUUCUGAGAGGGUGAGAAAGGAGAGCUGACGAGAGAUCAGACUUCAAGACCCUCCGAGUGUGUCUUCGAGUUCUAGCAUCCGUCGCUUCUCUGUACAUGUUGUUUCUGCCACUGUCUCCAAAGGUAACGAAAACCCAAGAGUCAAUGUCAUUCAUGAUCAGAACGCAGACGUAUAUUCUGAUACUCCCUAACAUACUGUACACUAACAUUCAACUAUACAGAGCAUGCACUGUCAGAAUCCACAGGUGUAUGUGUGUGUGUUUCUGUCUGGGUGGGUGUAUGAGUGUUAAGUAUUUGGAAUACAUUACAUAUUAUCCUGGGUGUAGUGAUAGUGUUUUAUUUUGUAGGGAGCAUGUAGCUGAUUUACUUACCUUGAUGGUGGCUUGUCCUUCUACUGUAUAUUAGGUCAACCUAUUUGAAUGUUUGCGCUGUUCCCUUUGGUUUUAAGUAACUGUCUGCACAUAGUUUAUCAUAUCAAGGUAGGAUUCUAAAGACUUGGGCUUGCAAAAGGCAAGUCUUUUGCCAUUUAUAUGGUCAGUAUUUGUUUUGGGUGCCAUUCGUAAAGUUCUGGUCUUUUGUCUAUUUGUGUGAAAAUGCAAGGGAGUAUUUGAGCACCUCAAACCCCCUUUAAAACAUCCUAGUCUCUCAACACCCAGCUCCUCCAUUUACUUGACCUCUGGAACUUUCACUUGUUGGCUUAAUUAUGCUAAAUUAAUUAGGGUUCUCCCUACAUGUUAUAUCAUUCGUGGAAGUUGGGGAUAUCCAAUGAAGCUGUAAUGUGUUGUAUUUAUAAAGUAUGAAAGUGACUUGACCAAGGCAAACUGGUUGUAGUGGGACAGAGUUCAUUAUGGGCCAGCAGUGUUGGAGCUGUGAUUGGUUCUGAGAUGGGUGCCGGGUUAGUUAUUGAGAGGACAUGCUGGGACAAGAUGGGUGCCGGGCUAGUUAUUGAGUGAACAUGCUGGGACAAGAUGGGUGCCGGGCUAGUUAUGGAGAGGACAUGCUGGGACAAGAUGGGUGCCGGGCUAGUUAUUGAGUGAACAUGCUGGGACAAGAUGGGUGCCGGGCUAGUUAUUGAGUGAACAUGCUGGGACAAGAUGGGUGCCGGGCUAGUUAUGGAGAGGACAUGCUGGGACAAGAUGGGUGCCGGGCUAGUUAUGGAGAGGACAUGCUGGGACAAGAUGGGUGCCGGGCUAGUUAUUGAGUGGACAUGCUGUGUCUGCCCUGUACUUACACCUCUCUCUGUCUGUUUCAGUCGUUCCAGAUCUCCAAGCCAGAAAAAGAGCCCCACCCCAGGCGAAGAUUGAUUUGAAGACUAAACUCGUCCCCAUCCCCCUCCAACCAACUGGCUUUAGCCUUGCAGCUAUUUGUUUUGUCAUUGUUCCCUGCAUUGAUUAGAAUCUACCCCUUCCUUUUCUGAUGCUGUGUAAUUACUCUACAGGAUUAGCUUUAUAUCUAACCCUGCAUGCCUUACAUGAUGUCACAUUCCUAAAAUGUCUCUCCCAUAUGUCCAAUUUUUUUUAAAUUUAGCAAAACAGUUCAAAUAUCUAAUUUCAGAAGUGGGAUUUGUGAACCAGAACUUUGUAUUUGUUCUUAUUUCCUAUACUAUAUUCAGUGUGGCAUUGUGUUCAAGAGCUGUAACAGAUGUACUUGAAGUUUUGCUUUCCCUGGCUUAUGACAGUAGCAGAUUUUGGAAUAAAUCUUGACACGUUAAUUCAGUGUUUUUGUUUUACACGUUGAGAACAUAUACAGAAUGUGUCUUACAUGGAGAUGUUUUAUCGUGAAAAGGGACAUUACAUGAUAUACUUCCCAUCUACAAUGGUUUGCAGUCAAUUUGCUUUCAUUUUCAAACAUAUGCCCCACCUUAUCACGUUUGGAAGAUUUGUUGACAUGUGGCCAACACCGUCAUUCAUGGUUAUUUACUUAUAGCCCAUUGUCAAGAUGGGACUCCCAAUCAUGGCCUGAUGUGAUACAGCCUGGAUUUGAACCAGGAACUGCAUUGAGAUGCAUUGCCUGGUGCAUGGCAUCUUGGCUCUCCUUUCAACCUUAUUAAUUACAAUCCAUUAUCAAAAAGAUGUAACUACCUAGAUCACUCACCUGAACUGAAAUUGUAUUGACUGUCGAAAUAAAAUGGUUAAUCUGG